AUAUGUAAAAUUGGUAAAAAGGUGACUGAAUGAUAAAAAGGGUGGCAUCCAAAUUACCACCGUAGGUGUUAUGGUGUUCAGGUUCUUCGCAUUCCCAGCCCCUCCCCUCCCCGUGACCGCGGCAUAGGCAGGGGUACCCCACAAUGCAGUGUGAACUUUUUGUACUUGCAUUGACUUGUGGGAGAAAAGGAAGAUGGCGGCAGCACGAUGUGGAUGGAAUGUUCGGCAAAAUGUCUGUUGUUCUUGAAUUAUUGUAACUGAGUGCUUGGGGAGCAGCCACUCGAGAAAGAUGACGUCCAUUAUCAAGCUGACUGUGUUAUCUGGCGCUUAUGAUGAGGGGCCUCUAUGUUAUCUGCUUCAAGUCGAUGAAUUCCGGUUCUUGCUGGAUUGUGGUUGGAACGAGUCAUUUAGCGCAGAGAUCAUGGAGCCAAUAAAAAAACACAUACACCAAAUAGAUGCUGUAUUGAUUACAUUUCCCGAUAUAUACCACAUGGGUGCACUGCCAUACUUAGUAGGCAAGUGCGGCCUUCACUGUCCUAUCUAUGCUACUAUUCCUGUGUACAAGAUGGGACAGAUGUUCAUGUACGAUCUAUAUCAGUCUCAUCAAAACUAUGAAGACUUUGAUGUGUUCAGUCUGGAUGAUGUUGACGCUGUUUUCGAUAAAAUCAUUCAGUUAAAAUAUUCUCAGAAUGUCAGCUUGAAAGGAAAAGGGCAUGGUCUAACAAUCACACCUUAUGCUGCUGGUCACAUGAUUGGAGGAACCAUGUGGAAAAUUGUCAAAGAUGGAGAAGAGGACAUAAUUUAUGCUGUGGAUUACAAUCACAAGAAGGAAAGACAUCUGAAUGGAGCAGUUUUAGAAACUCUUAGCAGACCCUCUUUACUUAUAACAGACAGCUUUAAUGCACUUAAUGUGCAAGCUAGAAGACGAGAAAGAGACACCCAGCUUAUGAAUGAGAUGUUGCAAACAGCUAGGAGGGAUGGCAAUGUACUGAUUGUCGUGGAUACUGCUGGAAGAGUUCUUGAGUUAUCUCAACUCUUGGAUCAGUUAUGGCGCAACCCUGAUUCAGGAUUAUCAGCGUACUCCCUUGCAAUGCUUAACAACGUCAGCUACAAUGUGGUGGAAUUUGCUAAGUCACAAGUGGAGUGGAUGAGUGACAAAGUUAUGAAGUCAUUUGAAGUUGGUAGGAUGAAUCCUUAUCAGUUUAGGCACUGUUCUUUGUGUCACAGCUUGGCAGACCUUGCUAGGGUCCCUGAACCUAAAAUUGUCCUGGCAUCAGUUGCAGAUUUGACUUGUGGCUUUUCACGGGAGCUGUUUAUCAAAUGGGCAGAGGAUCCUAAAAAUACAGUUGUGUUCACCUGCCGUCCUUCACCUGGGGCACUGGCUCGCACUUUGAUUGACAACUUACAGCAAAAGACGAUAGACAUAGAGGUGAAAACAAGAGUUAGACUGGAAGGAGAGGAGCUUGAGAGAUAUCUAGAAAAAGAAAAAGAGAAGGAGAAAAGCCGACCAGUGACUGAUGCAACCGACAGAAGGUACAGUCAUCGGCUGGUAGCAGAGGAGAGUGACAGUGACAGUGACGAAGAUUUAGAAGGAGGUGUAAGACAUGAUCUUAUGAUGGCUGAUGAAAAGGGUGGUCGUAAAAGCAGUUUUUUCAAACAGGCCAGAUCUUACCCCAUGUUUCCGUGCCAUGAAGAAAAAGUUAAAUGGGAUGAUUACGGAGAGUUUAUCAAACCCGAAGAUUUUAUGGUCAGAGAGUUAGCGGCAGCUGAAGAAGAGAAGGCCAAAGUGGAGCAAAAUAAAAAAGAAACCGUGGAUACUGAGGCUCUCGCUGGACAAGGAGAACUGGCGAAGGUGCCAACAAAGUGUGUGGCAGAGAAGAGACAACUCAAUCUUAGAUGUUCUAUGUUGUAUAUCGACUUUGAGGGAAGAUCGGAUGGCGAGUCCAUAAAGAGAAUUCUUUCACUUGUGAAUCCAAGGAAUCUUAUUCUUGUGCACGGUGAAGCGGAAGCCACAGAACACUUGGCUGAGUACUGUCGGCAGACCAGCAGCAUUCAAGUAAACCAGGUUUUUACUCCAAGAUGUGGAGACACUGUCGACUCCACUGGAGAAAGAUACAUUUACCAGGUCAAGUUGCGUGACGCGCUAGUUAGUUCGUUGCAGUUUUCUCGCGCGCGUGACGCGGAACUCGCGUGGGUGGAUGGACAGCUACACAUGAACGCUUCCGACUCGCACGUGGGGCUGGUUCUAGAGGAUGGAGAAUUGCGUGACGAGGACGAAGGUCAGGAGAAAAUGGAAACUGAUCAAAGUGGUAAGGAGGAGCCAAUGGACACGGUACCUGUGUUAGAGCAACUUUCGUUGUCUGAGAUCACUGGGCACACCUCGGUGUAUAUCAACGAGCCUCGCCUGUCAGAUUUUAAGCAGGUGUUGAACAAGGCCGGUAUCCAGGCGGAAUUUGCGGGUGGCGUUCUGAUCUGUAACAAUGUUGUUGCAGUUAGAAGGAACGAGACUGGUCGCGUGGGACUGGAAGGAGCCGUGUGCGAUGACUAUUACAAGAUCCGGGAACUUUUAUAUGAACAGUACGCUGUGGUGUAAAGAAAGCAGUAGUUGUGCCAAAGAACACUGCAAACAACGCCAUGCUAAGAACUUUG